CCGGGGGGGGCAGUGCGGGACGUGGCGGCGGAGCGGAGGGUGGGAGGUAGCGGCGCCAUGACCCGCGGGAACCAGCGCGAACUGGCGCGGCAGAAGAACCUGAAGAAACAAAGCGACUCGGGCAAGGGCAAGCGACGGGACGACGGGCUCUCGGCCGCCGCCCGCAAGCAGAGGGACUCGGAGAUCAUGCAGCAGAAGCAGAAGAAGGCGGACGAGAAGAAGGAGAGCGCCAAGUAACCGGGACCGGUGGGAUGCGCAGCGCAGCUCUGGAGACGGGGCCCUCGGCGGCACCCGGUGCGAGCCCCGGGGACGGCUCCUAUUAAAGUAGCUCAUGGAG